AUGACCGCCUCUCUGGCAACUGCUGCAGGAGCUUCAGCUAUGGGGCUCCGCUCGGGUUUGGGGUUCUUGAUAGGGGCAGCGCUGGUGGCGGCAGCUGCGGCGACAUGCGGAUAUCAGUCCUGCCCAGUGACAAAGCCCGAGAUGCUCAAUGUUCACCUUAUCCCACACACACAUGAUGAUGUGGGCUGGUUGAAGACUGUAGAUCAGUAUUUCUUCGGAGUCCGCAACGACAUCCAGCAUGCUGGGGUGCAGUACAUCUUGGACUCCGUCAUCCCACAGCUACUGGCUGACCCCAGCAAGCGUUUCAUCUACGUGGAAGUGGCCUUCUUUGCCCGCUGGUGGGGACUGCAGACUGAAGCCAUGCGCCAGGCCGUGCAGCAGCUUGUUGCGGAGGGGCGCCUGGAAUUUGUGAAUGGCGGCUGGUGCAUGAACGAUGAAGCAGCCGUACACUACAACCCAGUCAUUGAUCAGAUGAGCCUUGGCCUCCAUUUCCUGAAAGAGACUUUUGGCGAAUGCGGCCGGCCCCGUGUGGCCUGGCACAUUGACCCUUUCGGGCACAGUCGGGAGCAGGCCUCGCUGUUUGCCCAGAUGGGCUAUGAUGGUUUCUUUGUGGGCCGCAUUGACUACCAGGACAAGGCUCAGCGCGAGGCCUUGCGUGAGAUGGAGCAGCUGUGGCGUGGAAGCGGAAGCCUGCCUCCCCCUGCUGCUGAUCUCUUCACUGGUGUCCUGCCAAAUGGCUACAACCCUCCCAUGUCUCUUUGCUGGGAUCAGAUCUGCUCGGACAACCCCAUUGUCGACGACGACAGCGAUGAAAACAACGUGGAGAGUAUCAUGGCAUAUUUCCUGGGGGUAGCGGCUGCUCAGGCAAAACACUAUCGCACCAACCACAUUGUCAUGACAAUGGGAUCCGACUUCCAAUACGAGAAUGCCCUCCUCUGGUACAAGAACAUGGACAAGCUCAUCAAGCAUGUCAAUGCAAAGCAAUUGAACGGGAGCCGCGUCAAUGUCCUCUACUCCACCCCAAGCUGCUACCUGUGGGAGCUCAAUAAGGCCAACAUAUCAUGGACUGUGAAAUACGAUGACUUCUUCCCCUAUGCUGACGGUCCUCACCAGUUCUGGACAGGCUACUUCACCAGCCGCCCAGCUUUGAAACGCUACGAGCGGCUCAGCAAUAACUUCCUGCAGGUCUGCAACCAGCUCGAAGUGUUGGCUGGCGCACAAGCAAAUGUGGGGCCUUAUGGGAAUGCCAACAGUUCUGUGCUGCGUCAGGCCAUGGGAGUUGCCCAGCACCACGAUGCAGUGAGUGGCACAGCAAAGCAGCAUGUGACCAAUGACUACGCCAAACAGUUGUCUACCGGCUGGGAUGCCUGUGAGGUUGUGGUCAGCAAUGCCCUCACCAGUAUCUUUGGAAGCAAAGAGAACUUCAUCUAUUGCACCUAUCUUAACAUCAGUGUCUGCCUGCUGACUGAAGCUGCCUCUACUUUCAUGGUGAUCGUCUAUAACCCUCUGGCCCGCCCUGUGGGGUGGAACGUCCGGCUGCCGGUGAAUGGAAGCCAUUACUCCAUUUUAGAUCCUAGUGGCCAGGCUGUUCUGAAUGAGGUCAUUCCCGUAUCAAAUUUCACCCGUGCUGUUCGGCAUGAUCGGGGCGAUGCUGUCAAUGAGUUGGUGUUCCAGGCAUCUGUCCCACCGCUGGGCUACACCACUUACUCGGUCUCUAGACUGCCUGACAAGGAGCCAGCGCGAUCCAGACUGCUGAAGAGGUUGCCCCACCAACCUGGAGCAGACCGACUUUCUUGGUCAAUCCAGAAUGAGCAUCUACGAGUUCUGGUUGACCCCAAAACAGGACUCCUGAAGGAGAUUCAGAACCUGGACAAGAACAUCUCCUUGCCAGUGUCUCAGAACUUUUUCUGGUACAAUGCCAGCGCUGGGAAUGCAGAGAGUUCCCAGGCCUCUGGGGCCUAUAUCUUCCGCCCAGACACCUCUAAGACCUUCCCCAUUGCCAAGGGAGCCCAGUUGCACCAUGUGAAGACCCAAGUGGUGGAGGAGCUGUACCAGAACUUCUCUGCCUGGUGCUCCCAGGUGGUGCGACUCUAUGCCGGGCAGCCGUACGUUGAGCUGGAAUGGACGGUGGGGCCCAUCCCUAUCCGAGACGGUCUUGGCAAGGAGAUCAUCAGCCGCUUCGAGACAGACCUGCAGACCGCUGGCCGCUUCUACACAGACUCCAACGGGCGUGAGAUCCUAGAGAGGAGGCGCAACUACAGAGCCACGUGGAACCUGAGCCAGACGGAGCCUGUGGCCGGCAACUACUACCCUGUCAACAGCCGUAUCUACAUCCAGGACCAGAAGGUGCAACUGACGGUGCUGACGGACCGCUCGCAGGGAGGCAGCAGCGUCUUCGACGGCUCUCUUGAGCUCAUGGUACAUCGACGGCUGCUGCAUGACGAUAGCCGGGGCGUAGGGGAGCCACUGCUGGAACCUGGCGACUUCCACCAUGGGCUGGUGGUGAGGGGUCGCCACCUCAUCCUCUUGGACACAGCAGAGUCGUCAGCUGAGCAGCACCGCCUGUGGGCCCAGCAGGAGUUCAUGGCACCACAGCUGGUGUUGGCCCCUGGCCAGGGGCCUCCAUACCAGCCUGGCCAAGACAACGUGAAGGAGUUCUCUGCUCUGCACCAGGCUCUCCCUUCAAAUGUCCAUUUGCUCACGCUGGCCCAAUGGGAGCCCGACUCCGUUCUCAUCCGUCUAGAGCACCAGUUUGAAAGGGGAGAGAGCGUCAAUGGCUCCAUGCCUGCUGUUGUUAACUUGCUGAACUUGUUCUCAUCUUUCAACAUCAUCACUGUGCAAGAGAUGAACUUGGCUGCUAACCAGAAGCGGGAAGACAUGAGCAGGCUGACCUGGCAGCCAGCUGAAGGAGCAGCAAAACAGCAGUCCAGUAGCAGGUUGGACCCAACACACAUUGCACUACAACCCAUGGAGAUCCGAACAUUCCUGGCUCGUAUUCAGCACAAAACAAGGCCUGGAAGAGAGAUCUGAGCAGAGGGAUUAAUUCCGUCCAAAUGGAGUUGUGUCAAGCAAGGGCAGGACACUGGAGCUCUUGCCAGGGCCUUUUCAAUGGAGAUGAAAUGAUUUCUCGCCAAGCCAAGACAUUCUCGUGGAGAGAGGAUUCUUUUAGGCUGCUAAAAGGCAGUAGAAUUGGCGUCUCUGAACUUCUACAAUGAUUUUGGUAAAUAAGGGAUCACUGUAAAAUGCCUUUAUACUCCCUUUUCCUCCACACAUGCACACCAAAGAAACUUGGAUCAUUUUCAGGGGAGGGUGUGGAGUUGGAGGAGUACUUGGGCUACCGUAAGUGCAAUCAUUACCUUUUCAAUAAACCACUUAAAAACACACUGCAACAUUCUGCUUUAAGUCCCCAGUCUAGCAUCUAAGUACACAAUAAGAGGGAGAAACAGGCAAUUUUGUUUCUUUUAACAUACCAUCUUUCUAGGACUUCAGACAGAGAGGUCUUUUCCAGCCCAGUCUGGCAGAGCCAGGAAUUCAGUCUUGGAGUCGUUGCUGCAUGCAAAGGAUUUGGCUUUACCCUGCCUCAUUACUGCACGUGCCAUUGGGCUGGAGCCUGUGGUGCUAAACAGUGUAACACUGAGGAAGCAACAGGGUUUCCUAAUACAGUCAUACUUCGGUUUAAGUACGCUUCGGUUUGAGUACUCCGCGGACCCGUCUGGAACGGAUUAAUCCACUUUCCAUUACUUUCAAUGGGAAAGUUUGCUUCAGGUUAAGUACAGACUUCCGGUUCCAAUUGUGUACUUAAACCGAGGUACCACUGUACUGCUACUAUUCACUAGAUUCUCAGACUUGACCUUCCACUAUUUAGAAUGGAAAGACAUCAACAGUGAAGCAGUGCACGAGGAUGAUCUUAAAAUAUCAUUUUGGGGAUGUAACAGGGUCAUCUCUUCCCUGAUCUACUAGAGAGCAGUUUGAACGUGAUCAGGUAGAAGACAUCUAGCAAACCAAGAACCAUCCAAAAGCUAACACCAUUGUUUAAUGGCAGGCACAUCAUAAAUGGACAGUCAUUUGAAAAUAAAGGCUCUCCAUUUAGCACAAAUAUAUAAAACAAAAGGGAGCAGAUACCAAAGACUGUUUCUCAUCAAGAUGGUGCCGAGUUGUUUUCUGCUGUCUUUCCUUCUGUCUCAUGGGAGUAGCAGCACUUGUCCCCCAGUGAACAGUUGCCCUGUAAGGGAGAAGCAACACGCAACAUCACUAAACCAUUCAAGUCCUUGCAUGCAGUCCUGUGGCUGAAGCAGCUGGCCCUUGGGCAAGAGAACUUGGCUGCUUGGCCUAAGGAGGCUGUAGCUGAUCUGGGAACAGAACCCAUUGCUACACCUCUAGUUGCCUUCACCAUUCUGUUCUGUAGAAAAGCCAAACAUACCAAAUUUUCAAGGUUCCUCUAAACAGCCCCCUUGCCAUCUGCAACAGUUUUAAAUGUUACAGGUGAAAUUAAAACAGACUUGCAUACAACUAGUGACCCAGCCAGCCAAACAGGGUAACCCAGCAGGACUUUAAGGAACCUCCUGAUUUUGCUGCCUGCCUAGGUCUGUAAAAACAGAGCAGCUGUGAAGCACCAGGUAAGCUGUGUGUGGGUUGGUGGGUCACAAGUUAUGCAAGCCUGGUUAAAAACUAUCUUUUUUAUUUAAAAAAAUUGCUUUUCAUUGGACAUCCUCAUACCAAACAACAACAACAAUAAUAAUUUACUAUUUAUACCCCGCCCAGCUGGCUGGGUUUCCCCAGCCACUCUGGGCAGCUUCCAACCGAAUAUUAAAAACAAUACUGUACAGCAUCAAACAUUAAAAACUUCCCUAAACAGGGCCGCCUUCA